AUGACUCAGGAGCCUACGAGCGGCAGCCGUGCUAGCGUCUUGGUAUGUGAAGAUGCGCAGCCUACGCCCACUUCGCCCUUCAAAAGAUUCCUCUAUCAUCUUUGGGACAACGACCAGCAUCUCAAGAGCCCCGAAGAGCGAAAGUUGGUCAGGAAGCUAGACUUUGGCAUUCUGAUCUGUGCAACUCUUGGCUGGUGGAUGAAGUACAUUGACCAGAAUAACAUUGUCAAUGCUUACGUCAGCGGCAUGAAGGAAGAUCUGGACAUUCAGGGCAAUGAGUAUACGUAUAUGCUCAUGUGUUACACCAUCGCCUUUGCCAUAAUGCAGAUCCCCUCCAACGCCAUCGCUCUCAAGAUCAGACCCCGAAUCUGCAUCGUUGUCUGCGAGUUGGGAUGGACUAUCUUUACCUUUGCCCAAGCAGCCGCCACCAGCUCAAAUCAGAUGUACGCCUUCCGCUUCAUGAUCGGAUUAUUCGAGUCCGGCUUCUCCCCUAUCAUCAUCUUCCUCCUCGGCUCUUGGUACAAUAAAGCAGAGCUGGCCAAGAGAAUGGCCAUCUGGCACAUCACGGGCUUCUUCGGAUCAGCCACUUCGGGCUUCCUCCAAGCUGCGGUUCACAGGACCCUUGAUGGUAGCCUUGGUCUCGCUGGAUGGCGUUGGAUGUAUAUCAUUUGCGGCUGCAUGUCUCUCCCAGUUGCUCUCUCUGUGUGGUGGUUCCUCCCUGAUCUGCCUCACAACACCAAGGCCUGGUAUAUCACAGAGGAGGAGAAGCAGAUCGCCCUACGACGCUCUGCUACUCAAGGAAAGGUCCAGGUGACUGGCAAGUUAGACCUAGCCCUUGCCAAGCGUAUGUUUGGCAGCUGGCGAUGGUGGGUGCUCUGUGCUACAUAUAUUCUGUAUGGAAACAGUUGCCAGGCGGCGCCUUAUUUUGCCAUCUACCUUAGAGAGUCUGGAUACAGUGUUACUCAACGCAAUAUUAUUCCCGGCUGCGCUAAUCUCGUUUCGAUGGUCACUGACUUCACCUGGAGCUUUAUGUCUGACUACACCAGAAACCGUGUUGGGUGGAUGGUUGGCCCCAUUCUGUGUACAACCGUUGUCAGCUCCGCUAUUCUCACAGCAUGGCCCCCAUCUGAUACUGCUCGGGUGGUCGCUUUCUUCUUUGCUGCAGGAGGUUUCGUCACUGGAGUAACUUGGACCUGGGCAAACGAGAUUAAUGUCGGAAAUGCCGAGGAGCGCGCACUUACCAUCUCCAGCAUGAACGGUCUUUUCUAUGCCACCAACUCCUUUCUUCCCAUCCUUAUCUUCCCCCAGACUAUGGCCCCCAAGUUCGAGAGGGGUUUCCCAUCGGUUCUUUCCUUUGCUCUCGGCGCAUGCGGCUUGAUGUUACUUGCAGACUUUUUGCAUAAGCGAGAGCUACGUCUUGAGUCUGAAAGAUCUUCUGCUGCUAUCCCUGUAGAAGAGCUUGAGUAUAAGAUGGAGGACAAAUAG